AAAAGCUUCUAAAUAUCAUUCAAACACGUUUUUUUUUAUUGUCGGUUGUGCAAAAUUUAUUAAAAUUAAUAAUAGUUUUUCAUUUAACCGUAGUAUAUACUACUUUUAGCACUAGGAAACCCUUUUCUUUUGAAAAAUUGCGGUAACUUAAAACUUCAAACGUUAAACGUCAAAUUAUAGUUUUUUAGUUUUAACUGAGAGUCGUAGUGUUCGGUUCAUAUUUUUGCGAACUUAGUUUUAAAUUAAAAUUGUGAUAUAUUAAAAGUGAAUUCAAUACAAAUUAGAAAUGUAUAAGAAUAAUACAUUCCAGCCCUUUACGCAUGCUUCAGUGUGCAAGCCAAAUAAUCCAAAAGGUGUAAAAAAGGAGAUUAUUUUUCCAGUGCGUUUAUACAAAAAUAAGAAUGAAACUAAUGGAUAUCAUAUUAUGCAGUUUAAUGAUCGUUCAAAAACUGGAUUCACUUCAUGGAAAGAUGUUACCUUGGAAGGUGAUUUUAAUAUGGAGACGGAAUCCAGUACUACUACAAAGGAUUACGAUCUGAAAGAAUAUGAAGAGCAGCGUCGCAAAAAAUAUGGUAUGGUACCAAAGAAUGAUAUUUCUAAAGCUGAAAAAUGGAAAAUUAACGUGAACAAUAAUGGAUGUGAAUAUUAUAAAGGUGAGAUGACAGAUCAAGACACGGAGAAUUGCGUUUUUUUUGUUGCUGAAAGAAAUGUUUGUAGUGGUGGUUUGGUGGUUCGUCAGAUUACCAAUUGGUAUAACUUUGAAGAACAUACUUCAUAUACAGGUCACAACGUAGAAAACGCUGCAAUGCAAUAUAGAAACAGAAAGAGAGCUUUUAAUUAUUUUGCUUCAAAGUUACAGCAUCAGGCAAAAGCAAUCACAGAGAGAGAACGUGCUAUUAAAAAAACCAAAGUUGGUGGUACGACCGAAAGCUAUGAUUUCGAUGAGAAAACAGGUGUUAAUGAAAAAGAAAAUGAUAGCGAUAAUGAAGGAUGUUUUAAAAAUAUAAAAAAAGGAUCUCAACCGUCAAAUGAUGCAGAUAAUAUUGAGGAUAUUGCCAAAAGAAAUGAUUAUUACGGGUCAUCCAGUGAGGAAACUUCAGAAUUCGAGGCUUUUUACUACGGCAAGACAAUGUAUAAAAAAUUAAAUUCUAAGCAAAAGAAACGUAAACGUAAAGCUCCAAGCAAGGUCCAAUCAACUCCAGUAGAAGACAAUAAUAUUGAUGAAUUUUUUGAAGCAACAACUUCGUAUAAUACACCUUCAGACUCUGAAUAUGUACCUGAAUGGGACUUCUGUGAAAAAGACGAAGAAUACGCUGUUAUUGAAGAAGCAGUGAAACGCUAUUUAAAGCGAAAACCAAUGACUUUAAUGGAUUUGCUUAAAAAGAUUAUAAGAAAGAAAGAUAAUACUAUUCCUGGGGAUAAUGUAGUAGCACUUAUAGCCGAUAUAAUAAGGAAGUUGGGUCCACAGAAACGUAAAAUUAAUGGAAAAGUGUAUUUAAGCUUGGAUGAAGAUGUUAAUUUGACAUUUUCAUAAUUGUGGAACUAAUAAGUUUUAAACUUUAAAAGUAAAAGUAAAAU